GCAUACGGAAUCGUUACCGAUGGCCGAGCAUGGUACUUUGUCGAGUUUAUUAUGGAUGGCGAUAAACCAAAAAUCAGCGUGCAUUCGGAAACGCCAGCCGUUUUGGAUUGGACCGAGGAGUCGGAGGGCUUGGAAAAGGGGACAGGUAGAAUAUUGGGUCGAAUCGUUUGGCUUCUAAAAGAAGCGGAGCAGUGGGAAAAGUUAAAUAUGACAGAGAAAAGGCGGAGAAUUCCCGGUUCUGGCCAGGUUAGAUUACAUCAGCCAUCACCAGUCUCCACCAACUCGUCGUCUGAUGACCGCACGGAAUUUGGUGGCCUACCUUUACAAGUAGAAAGUUCACCGCCUGAUGGCAAAUCACCGUCUGAUGACAGGAUGAUAGUUCCCCCUUCGCACUUCCAGCAUCGUCCACCGUCUGAUGACCGGCAUGGACGUGUGGGUAAAGUCUUGUCUUUAACUUCUACUUCGACACCGAAAGACAUGACCAAAAAAAUUUCAGUAACGCAAAUAGGGAACGUCGCUGAUUUAAUUAAUCCGAAUACACGAAGCCUUCACGUUUAUUUCACAAUCGAGAAAGCAUCUUCAUGGUGCCUUCAAAAUUUCAUUGAAUACGCUGUUGAUUCCGAGAUUAACUUCGAACAGGCGGUCACACUAUUUAGAGAAAGCUUAGAUCAAUUAAACCAGCUCACAGCCACGCCCAAUCCGAUAAAAUCAUUCUGCCAUAAUUACUUAGAGUGGUUAAAGUCUCGUGCAGGAAUUACGAUUGUCCAAGAAUGCCGAAAAUAUUUCGAUGCUACCAAAUAUCAAAGACACUCAACCGUUCUCAACAACACAGUCGAGAAUACGCUAUUACUUAACUCGAAAACAGAGAUCAUUCAAGCACGAUUACAACCCUUGGAUGCUUUGCUAUCUUCAGACGCUUUACAACCUUCAGACGCUACAGAUACUUUACCACCUAAAACUCCACCACAAACUCCUCGAGAAUUAGCACAUUUAUUAAAUACACCAAACAAACGUCCAAUAGAGAAGGAAGAACUUUGGGAUUACACUGAAAAAAAUUCCGUUAUAUGUGCAUUUGCGUUAACAGCCAAAGAAUUGGAAACAAAAAUUGGCAUAGAACUCACCAAAGAAUUGUCCUCUAUGCGUGAUAGAAGUCCCGUUGUGUGGAAUUCUGCGUUAGAAGAGUAUAUAAAUACGACUCUCAAGGAAUCUGAUGAAAAGUUUAAGAAUGCAGUUAGAAAUAAGAAUUAUAAAGAUAUGGAUGAAGGUUUCCGCCUAUAUUGUGAAAAAGUUCUCACUGACUUUUACAAUCUUGUAGAUGUUGGUCCCACUUUGGAUAGAAAAAUGGGCGAGCGAAAGCAUAUAGUUUACCAAGCGACAAGGCUCUCCGAUGGGCUUGACGUUUGGCAUUUAGAAGUUGCAGGUCCUCCCGAUAAUGCACCCAAUAAACACGUUCUAGGUGAUUCAAAGAAAACAUUCCGAACAGAUAUCCUAAAUCUAAUUGCAAUAUUGCGGGAACACCUUGAUUGUGAUAUCAACCUUGCCACAAGGAUAAAGGUGUUCAGUACACUAUCAAUUAAUUCUCGAUUAACACUAUAUUCAUUAAAUAUCCUCCCCGAUGGGCGCUUCCUGUCAUGUGAACUUGCCACCGCCGUCAUUCCCUUCAGUUUUAGCGGAAGGCAUCAAUAUAAAUCAGUUCUCAGAAUGAUGUCUAUAUUCCAUGAUGAAUUAAUUAAGCAGGACGAAUUAUUAGAAGAAAUCAACGGGUCAAUACUUCGUUCUGAAAAUACAGUACGUCAAGUGUUAAAGAUAUCUAGAUUAGAGUGA